AUGAAUAAAAUCAUACGGACGGCAUACGGCAGUCAAGCAGAGUAUAGUGACUUGACAGUAAAGGCGCUGCAAGAGUGGAACGCGUGGAAUGAUGAAAUUGCAACUGGUCACGACCUGCCUCCCGGCAUGACAAAAGCAGAUCGCGUCUUCAUCAAUAACUCCCAUCUCACUCUAUCUGAUGAAGCGGAACUCCCCGAAUUUGAACGGCACAGUGUUGUCAACACGGCACGUGAUGGUCAGGAGCCCACCCAGCUGGUGACCAACGACCCAAACGAUGAGGCCCUGGCCGUGGCCAAAGGGCGGAAGUAUUGCAUGGAUCCAUUCCGACGAGCUCAGCGUGGUUUGAACAACGUUGGCCUGCUGGACACCAUAGGCGGCACAGCCAUCGCGGACAAGGCGUGUCGCUUCGCUCUAUACAAAUCUCAAAGGCUAGGUGUCAAAUCUAUCCUCGGCGCCGAAGCCGGAUGCCUCGAAACAUUUGCCUAUGAUGGAGGGCAUGUAGCGGGCAUCAAAACCCGUGAUGGAAACCUGCAUACAGCAAAACUCAUAAUCCUGGCUUGCGGAGGCUGGACACCCUCUUUACUUCCACAGCUGGACGGACUGUGCGAGACGACUGCUGGAUCUGUAGCUCUACUCAAGAUCCCACAGUCAUCUCCGUUGUACAGCCGCUUCGCCCCAGAGAACUUUCCAUCUUGGACGUUCAACAUGCGUCAUGGUGCGGAAGGCGGUCUUUAUGGUUUCGCAAGGGACGAUGACGGCUGGCUGAAAUUUGGUUACCGAGGGACGAAAUAUAUCAACCCUACGGUACAGGCGGACGGUAAGGAACGCAGCACGCCCAUAACAAGAUGGUCGGAGGAGAAGAUCACGACGAUACCACAACAAGCGCUGCGCGUCAUUCGGCGAUUCAUAGCCGAAAAUCUGCCCGAGCUGGCUGAUGAGGGCAUCGACAUCUCUAUGACCAGGAUGUGUUGGUAUACUGAUACUUUUGACAAUCACUUUCUCAUUGACUACGUUCCAGGGACAACUCAGUCCCUAAUGAUUGCGACUGGAGGCAGCGGUCAUGCUUUCAAAUAUCUGCCCAACAUCGGACAGUGGGUCGUGGAUAUUAUGGAGGGGACAGCCACAGACAAGCCGGCGGCAAAGAUGUGGCAAUGGAGAACUCUCAAUAGCAUCGACAAGCCAGUGAAUAUUCUGAUGGAGGGAAAGAGCGGGACACGAGCCUUAAAGAAUGUUGCAUUGGCAGACGAAAUGCUAUCGGGCCGGAUAUCCUCCCCAAAAUUAUAA